AGGUAAGGGAACGUGUAAAAGUAUCACGCCUUCACACAUCCGGAUAACCCUUCUCUUCCCAAUUCUAAAAGAAAAUACCGACAAAUCCUUACAGCUCAUUAAUCUUUAACCACGAUAAAAUAAUUCGGUGGGUUAGAAAUUAUUUAUUUGACUACAAGUUUUUAAAAACACACGACGCUUCUGAAUCGAUGUGAGUAUUUGCAGACGCUCCCUGCGACGAUUGAACCGUCCCGUCAUACCUCGCGUGGCCAACGGCUCUCUUCACCACCGAAUGCUUGCUCAUUGAAUUGCCAUACUCAACCUGUUCGGCUUGAUUUAGUGAAAUAAUUUGGAGCAAACCAGGUUGGACUAGCUCAUUAAGCACCAGCAACCGGACACACUUCCCGGGCCUUGUGUUUGUCUGACUGCGGUGGUGCUUUCCUGGGCUCGCUGGGUUUGGUCGGGGAGGCAGAGGGAAGUAACGUUACAGAGCUGGUCCCGAGUGAUGAUGGAGCUAGAGUCGGCCAGUAAUAGAGGCGAACUGGGAGCUGUGGGGGACUCGCUACAGCCACAGACUCCCAGCAGGCACGAAAAGAGCCUGGGACUGCUCACGACAAAGUUUGUGACUUUACUACAGGAGGCGAAGGACGGAGUGCUGGAUCUGAAAGCGGCUGCAGACACAUUGGCGGUGCGACAGAAACGACGUAUCUAUGAUAUCACUAAUGUUUUGGAGGGAAUUGGACUGAUUGAGAAGAAGUCCAAGAACAGCAUCCAGUGGAAGGGUGUAGGUCCAGGAUGUAACACCAGAGAGAUCGCUGAUAAGCUAAUUGAUCUGAAGGCCGAGCUAGAUGACCUGGCUCUCAGGGAAAACGAGCUGGACCAGCAGAGAGUCUGGGUCCAGCAGAGCAUCAAGAAUGUCACUGACGACUCCAACAACAGCCCUAUGGCAUAUAUAAAACAUGAAGACCUCUGUGGAGCUUUCAAAGGUGACACACUCCUUGCGAUCCGUGCUCCCAUUGGCACACAACUAGAGGUCCCCAUACCAGAAGCUGUCCUCAACGGACAGAGGAAAUACCAGAUCCGUCUCAAGAGUGCAUCUGGGCCCAUUGAGGUUUUGCUGGUCAAUAAGGACCCAUCCAGUGCCUCUCCUGUUGUUUUGCCCGUCCCUCCUCCAGAUGACAUCCUUCAAAGCCUCCCAGCAACGACGCCUACCUCUCAACCGUCCACUGCUGCCUCCCAGGUCUCCAAAGCAGCAACGUCUACAAAACCUGGUCCUGCCGCGACGUCGGCUCCAGCAGCCAACCAGACCGCCUCACUGACAGAAGUGACAAGCACCACACCACUCACCCCAAUAACCGAUAGACCUGCUGCAGUUACCCAGCAACUACAGUCUUCUGCCUCGUUGGAUGGGUCUGCGUCCUCAUCUGCCUCUGCAGUAUUUGAACCAAUGAAGUCAAAUCCCUCUGAAUUGCUGGACUUCCCCAAAGAGCUCUCUGAAAUGUUUGAUCCAACAAAAGAGAUCAUGAGUGGAGACCUUUUGGAGGACUUGAUGUCAUCAGAAGUGUUCUCUCCUCUCCUGCGUCUGUCCCCUCCACCCAGCGACCACGACUACAUAUACAACCUGGAUGAGACAGAAGGCCUUUGUGACCUCUUUGAUGUCCCCAUUCUCAACCUCUGACCCCUGCGACUGUUGUCAGAUUGAGAAAAGGUUCCCCAAACGUGCUUAUCUACCUUCAUUUUCUCCACGUUUUGAAGGUGAGAAGAGGUGCAAGAAAGCCAACAUGAUCUGAAGAGAGCGUUCACGGACAUCUCUGCACUGACACGGUGAGCUCAGCCGGAGCUCCGUCAGACGGUAGCUCCAUGUACAGCCUCUUGAGGAAAUACAGGCUAGAACAAAACAUUUUACACACUGCUUUUCCAAGGACACAAAGUCAAAAGAAAUGACAAAUAAUUAUAUUUUUUAGAUCGUUAUGUAAAGCGUUAUGUUUGUAUCAGCUUUCCUGUGUGCUUGUGAGCGAACGUGAGUAGGCAAUACUUUGCUUGGGCGUCUGUGUGUGCUUGAGUUUUGUAUUGAACCCUUUUUUAACUUGAGUCAGAGGAUGACAGGGGAGGAAAAAAGAAAAGAAAAGAAAAAGCCUUUUCCUAUCAGGUAAAGAGUCAUGGCGUUAAGAGACCAGUCUUUGUCACCCAGCAGCUGCUCGCGCAUGGCUUGAAUUAGUCCAAACACAGCUGGUUAAAUAUGCACUGUCCUCAUGUACAUAGAGAAUAUAUAUUUUGUAUUACCAGCACCCAAGACUAUUGUUUAAUAAUUAACUGCAUUUGUAACCCAGGCAGAGCAAUAGUUUGCAGAUAAACAAACCUAAGUAAAUAAAUAAAUAAAUAAUAAAGGUUCCAGACUCAUAUAAUCACAUUGUAUGAAUGAAGUGAUUUGUUUCAGAUAAUAGGAAUUGGUCUUAAUCAAACUUCUCAGUGUUGGAAGUAUUUAUUGUGAACCAGUUAGAGAAAGAGGAUCCUAAUGUUGAGUAACUGAAGACAAUUGAUGUUGUGACAUAAAGAGCCAAGGACCAAAACAAUGCAUUGGGGGAUUGUGGGGGCCUUUAAAAAGGAAUUCUACCUUUUUUACAUGAAACACAUUUUCGGUCAACAAUAGGGCUGUGUAUUGGCAAGAAUCUGGCGAUGCGAUACGUAUCGCGAUACAUGGUCACGAUUCAAUAGAUUGCAAUAUAUUGGGAUUUUUUUUAAGUAUAAUUUUAGAAAACUAAUAAUAAAAAAAAAAAGACAUGAUGUGCAUAAAAG